GCAAGAUUGCGUGUCUCUUUCUCCUUUGAUAUUUUAUAUCUGAAAAGUGGAUUAUGCCCUCAACGCCCGAACCGCCAGCUCCCGCGGCAGCAGCCAGCUCCAGAUGUCGCCUUUGUGGAAAAUCUUUCCAAAACAAAGCUUCUACCGGGAGACAUGAGCGCUAUUGCCGGAACAGGCGCGCGUGCCCACCUCCGCCGCGGCGAAAGUCAUGCCUGCAUUGCAUCCGCGCCAAGUCUCGGUGCGAUUCGUGUGUCCCAACUUGUGAGCCAUGUCAAAGGAGAGGGAAGAGCUGUAUUUACACGAGUGAGUCUCUAUCACCUACAGCAAGGGAAGGGCAGUCUCGUCUUUCAGCAACUCGGUCGAAGCCUCAAAACCAGGCCCCUAGGUCGCUCGUGGCUCCUCGAGAGCUUUCACAAGGCGCCUCUUUGAGAUCUGGCCUGUUCAUUACGUUUGAAGCAUGUCCGUCGAGUGUAGCACCAAGAACAUCUACCCCUUUGUCAUCAGAGAUGAGGGAAUUUACCUCUACGAAGCAUGGAGAAGCAUCAGAUGGCGCGUCGGGACAGCUAGGCAUGCCGUUCACAACGGGAUCUUCAGAGCUGCGCCCCUCCUUCUCUUCUCAUUUACUUCGUCCCAAGAGACGGAAAACUGGUCAGAUGGAGCUUAUCAGUAAGCUCAUAUCUCAAAUGCUACGGUCAUUUCCUGAGAGACGAAUGAACGAGGUCUCUUGUCCACCAUUCAUUCAUCGCUCGGCAUUCCAACGGUCCAGCUCAGAGAAUCCAAUCAUAAUCUGUCAAAGUAUCACUCGACAGUUUUCUGCGCGCGAAAUUCACGAGGACGCUUCUCUCUGGGAUGCCAUUGCUUCCGAGCAAGAGAGAAUCUAUGACCUACGCGGAUCAUUAGAUAGGUCGCUGCACCUUGCGUCAGCGCAAGCUAUAACGAUGUACCUUCUCAUGCUAGCCACAGAAGCCGAGAGUGUGCUGACUCAUCAUCCACAUGCUUCGGUCACAUUAUUGUUUACCUUAGGGCGGUUUUCAAGGUACUCAAUCAAAUACAUCCCGGUUUUGUGACUGUCGAACAAUCAAGCGGAAGCAGACCGACAUGGGACGAUUGGAUCUUUGCCGAAUCCAAAUUGCGAACCGCAAUCGUCUACUUCAUUCUCGCACUCCAUUUCGAUGUCGAUUUUGGGCUUCCUUGUGAUCGUGAGGAUGGUUAUGACUUUGAAGACGUGGACCUUCCUGCUGCGAAAAUACUUUGGGAGGCCAGAGAUGAGACAUCAUGGAGUAGAGAGUUUGAUUUGAUAGCCCAAGAUCGAGAAAGUAUCAUUUCGAAUCGUGCCGGCGAGGAGAGAUUG